AUGUCAAGAGCAGCUAGUCUACCAUCCCAGCAUGCUUCCGCCUCAUUCUGGCACACCGAGCCUAGAUUGCUCGGCUACCGAACAACCAAAGACUUGCCCCAACAAGCCGAUAUCGUGGUCAUUGGAACUGGUAUCAGUGGAGUCAGUGUAGUGCAUCAUCUUCUUGAAGACCCGAACAUCGAAGGAGCGAAUAAAAAGAGUGUGCUUGUGUUAGAAGCCAGAGAAGUGUGCUGGGGAGCGACUGGAAGGAACGGCGGCCACUGCCUCCCAAUGUUCUACGAACACCCUCACGACCCUUCAAUCUCCAACUUCGAAUACGCAAAUUUCCUCGCCUUGUCCGAGUUAAUCUCAACUCGCAAAAUUGCCUGCGAAUGGAAUACUCAACCAGGAAUCCGAGGCCUUUACUCUGACGAAGAAGUAAAACUAGCACAGCAUGCUGUAAACACACUUCAAGAAACCAAUCCUCCCCUAGGCAAGAUGUGUAGAGUGGUCGACACAGCAGACGAUCUGCAGAAACUGGGUCUAGCGGUGCCGGAAGCAAAGGGAGCUGUAGUGACAGAUGUUGCAGCAAGACUUUGGCCCUACAAGCUCGUAACCGCCAUCUGGGAAUCUCUGCUCACUAAUCCCUGUUUAAACCUUCAGACUCAUACACCAGUCCUCUCUAUCUCUGCUUCUAGCACUGGAAACUGGACCCUCAAUACAGACAGAGGAAUUGUAGAAGCCAAGAAAGUGGUCUUGGCCACUAACGCAUACACAUCCCACCUGAUCCCCUCCAUGUCCGAUUUGAUCGUCCCCUGCAGAGGCCAAAUGUCCGCUCUAGUACCCGGAAAAGCAUUUUCAGGACCUUCGAGGACGAAAACAAGUUUUGCAUUCAUAGGUCCAAAGAUGGAUGACUACCUUGUCCAAAGACCAGAUGAAUCCUCUGCUCACCUCAUGUUUGGCGGUGGAAGAAGUUAUGGUCCAAGCCUGGGGAUCAGCGAUGAUGGAGACGUGGAUGAGAAGGUGGCAAAGUAUUUGCGUACUGCGCUGCCGAGAUUGCUUCUUCCUGGUGAUGGAAAGAGAGGGGAAGAGGAGUUGAAGGCAACACAUGAGUGGACUGGUAUCAUGGGUUUCUCGAGAGACAACUUGCCGUGGGUUGGUGAGGUGCCGGGUCACAAAGGUGUCUUUGUCGCUGCUGGAUAUACAGGACAUGGUAUGCCUAAUGCUUGGUUAUGUGGAAAGAGUGUGGCAACUAUGGUGCUCGGGGACGAUACGAAUAUGGCUGUAGAGAAGGCCGUGGAGGAUGGCUUGCCCAGAGCAUACCUCUUGAACGAGGAAAGGAUCAACAAGGCUAGGAAGCUGGAUACCGUAGAGGUGCAGGAUGAAGACCACAUGUUUAAAGCGGAAGUCGUCGCUGAGGCAUAA